AUGGUCAAGUCAUCCGAGAAGCUCGUAGGCAAGAAGAUUGCCGUGAUAGGUGGCACAUCUGGAAUUGGCUUCGGUGCCGCCCAGGCUUUCCUUGACGCUGGGGCAUCAGUGGUCGUCAUUUCAUCGUCGGAGGAGCGAGUAGCGGAUGCUGUCAGUCGGCUCAAUCACGCCAACGUGGAAGGGAGGGCUGGCGAUGUGCGCGAUGAGGCCGCGUUCACUACGCUCCUCAAAGAGCUUGCUCCUCUCGAUCACAUCGUCUUUUCGGGAGUUGACAAGAUUAUUCGCGGCCCAUUAGCCGAGGCCGACCUUGGCCAGGCAAAACAUCUAUUCGGGGUCAAGUUUUGGGGGAGUGUGGUCGUUGGCAAAGCGCUCGCAAAGUAUGACAUCUUGAAACCCGGUGGCUCCCUAACCCUCACAUCAGGAACUGCAGCCCUCCGCCCCGGAAAAGGCGCCUCGAUCGGUGGCGCCCUUAACGGUGGUGUCUUGACCCUUACAAAGGGGUUAGCUGGCGAGCUAAGCGACAAGCGAAUCCGUGUGAAUACGGUCGUUCCUGGGCUUGUCAAGACGGAGCUGUGGGACAAACUGGGCCAGAGCAAGGAGCAGCAAGACGCUCUUUUCGAGAGGGGAAAACAGCUCCCUGUAGGCUUUACCGCUACUCCCGAAGAUAUCGCCGAGGCGUAUUUGUAUACAGCAAAGGCCGAUUACGCCACUGGCACUUUGAUUGUUAUCGACGGCGGAGGCCAGCUUUAA